AAGCUACUCAAUCCCUCUAUGCAUGAUCAUUCUGUCCUUCUAGUUCAUCAUGGUACAAGACCAUGUGUCUAUUUCUGCAGGUGAUGAGAAAACAUCACAGCAUUAUAAACCUGCAAGAGUUUAUCACAGCACUUUUCUCUCAGAAUGGUAUUGAGUGUGUGCCAGGAGUGUAUGGAAAGAGGCUAAAUAUAUGGCACUAGACAAGGCUUAUUGGAAAGUACUCUUUGUCUGGAUUCAUUUGUGAGGGUCAAGCACAAAGGAAUGGGUGGAUGAAAGUGCACUGUGACACUACUAUCAAAAUGCUUGACAUGUAUCCAUUUGAGGAAAUACCUCAACUGAUCUUCCAGGGGUAUGAGGAGCACCUGUGUACCUUCUCAAGCACAUCUACAUUUGGAAAUGAAAACAUUUAUAACCACUUCCAACUGGCAGUACAUGUGCUCCAGGUGCAUAUACAUGAACCAGCUACACAGCUCAUGAUUAUCUUAUGCUUAGUUCUUAGCACACCAUAUCCUCUUCCGUUUGUUAAUUGGCACAAACAGUUGGAAGGAAAUCCCAAACACCGUGGCUCCUGUGCACAAUGGGCAGCUGUCCUGAGCACUCGACUUAUGUGGUCACUUUAUAGUAAGAGUUUUUCUUACGAGAGUACUGGACAGACACUAGGAAUCAAAGACAUGUUGAAGAAACUAGAGCAAUGGGGCAUCAACAAUAAUCUAGUUGCACACAUUGGCUGGGUCCAUUUGACUAGUGGUUUCAAUCAUCUGUACUACAGGUUCACAGAUCAGAUUGUAUUACCUACCUCUGCAUUGGAAGAGUGACUUCAGAAAUUGUUGCAACUCUGGCAAAACCCACAUGCCUUCAUAUAUGACAUUUUCAAUACAGGUGAAGACAUAUGGGUGGCAUGUUGCUCAAUGCUCUGGGAAGCAUAUAAUGAUUAAACCAUGGUUUGAUUAUGUAUCUAAAUUUGUAUUAGCAAGACCUGUUAUCAUUCAAUCACCAAGUAAUUGAAUAGAAUCAAACCAUGGUUUGAUUUAUGUAUGCUUGUAACCAAGACCCAACAGGACUAUUAUAAAAGAAUUUAGGCUCAAAAC